GACGGCGAGGGUGGGUGAGGCUAUCGACCAGAGCUGUUCAAGGCUUGUGCGAUUCCGAAAACUAAGGGGAGGGGGGCGAGAAUUUUGCUCAGGGAUUUGUAGAUCAGAUUUGUAUGGAGUGCAAUAAAGAUGAGGCCAUUAGGGCUAAAGAGAUUGCGGAGAGGAAGUUUGCGGCGAGGGAUGUAAUGGGAGCUAAGAAAUUUGCUGUCAAGGCUCAGAAUUUGUUUCCGGGGCUGGAUGGGAUUCCCCAAUUGAUGGCGGCGCUUGAUGUUCUUGUUGCUGCAGAGAUUAGGAUUAAUGGGGAAGUAGAUUGGUAUGGGAUGCUUGGUUUGGACCCGAGAGCAGAUGAUGAGACGGUGAAGAGACAGUACAAGAAGCUAGCUCUUAUGCUUCACCCGGAUAAGAACAAGGCUAUUGGUGCUGAGGGAGCGUUUAAGCUGCUUUCCGAGGCGUGGAGUUUGUUGUCUGAUAAAGGUAGGAGGAAAGCAUAUGACCAGAGAAGGACGGCAAAUGGUUCGACAUCACAUUUCGCUGCUGGGGCCAACAACGGGUUCUACAAUUUCACGAAAAGUUCAACUUCCGGUACCAAGAAGCCUCCACCAAAGAGUAGUAGUAGUUCACGCGCAGCUCGUAGUUCAGCUCCUCCUCCUGCUUCAGUUUUUAAACCGAAAGCCAGUACCUUUUGGACCGUGUGUCACAAGUGUAGGAUGCAGUAUGAGUACAUGAGAGUUUAUCUUAACCAUAACCUGCUUUGCCCCAACUGCCAUGAAGCGUUUUUUGCAGUGGAAAUAGAUCCACCACCAACAGGUGCCGCCAAGUCAUCCACCUCAUGGAAUCCGAAUCAUGAUAAAAGCUCGUUUAAUACAGGAAGAAGUAGAGAUACAGGAGGAGCUGCAGGGUUCACUGAAUCAUAUCACCAAAACAACUUCCAAUGGGGUCCCUUCUCCAAAUCAACUGGUGCUUCUUCAGCCGCCCAAGCUGCAAGUGUGGUUCAACAGGCAUACGAGAAAGCAAAGAGAGAGCGUGAGGAAGCACAAGCAGCAAACAAAAAAGAGGAGGCAUUGCGGAGGAAGCAUCAACCCACCUCCAAGAAAGUGAGUGGCGCUUCAUCUAAUGCUGCAAAGAAAAGAAAAGGAAUGGAUGAUUUUGGUGGUGGUAGCAUCAAGCCUCCAAGGGACGUUCCAAACCAAGUGGGUGGGGUAGCUGGAGCUGCUAACUUUUUUGGACCUAGACAGCUUAAUUUUGAGUCAGGUAGGGUCAAUGGAACCACCAAGUUCAGUAUCACUAGAGAUUUGUCUGUGCUUGAAGUUCAGAGUAUACUGGUGAACAAGGCUAGGAAGGAACUUCUCAGGAAACUGAAUGAGCAGAAAUCUGAAACUGCAGUAAAACAGGCGGGAAAUGGGAAGGAGACGGAGAAAUCUUUGAAAAAUGUAGAUGUGCUGUUUGAUCAGAACAAGUCUGGUGUGCCGGUGGAUAAGAAGAAUGGAGCUAGUGAAAGGAAACAUUCCGGCACUUCUAGUGACACUGCAGAUGCAGAAACCUUGGAAGCAAUGACCAUUACUGUGCCAGAUUCAGAUUUUCAUGAUUUUGACAGGGACCGAACUGAAGAGUCUUUUGGAGAAAAUCAGGUCUGGGCCGCAUAUGAUGGCGAUGAUGGGAUGCCUCGAUAUUAUGCUAUAAUUCAUAGUGUGAUAUCUUUAAACCCAUUCAAAGUGCGGAUCAGUUGGCUCAACUCCAGAACAAAUAGUGAAUUGGGCCCUCUAAACUGGGUUGCUUCUGGUUUCGCAAAAACAUGUGGAGAUUUCAGAGUUGGCAAGUAUGAAAUCAACAAAUCACUCAAUUCUUUUUCGCACAAAGUUCGGUGGACAAAAGGUGCAAGAGGGAUUAUCUGUAUAUAUCCCAAGAAGGGUGAUGUUUGGGCUCUCUAUAGGAAUUGGUCCCCUGACUGGAAUGAAUUGACUGCCGACGAAGUAAAACACAAGUAUGAUAUGGUGGAAGUGGUUGAAGACUAUAAUGAAGAACUAGGAGUAACUGUAACUCCUCUGGUGAAAGUGGCUGGUUUCAAGUCGGUGUUUCACAGACAUUUGGAUCCCAGAGAGGUUAGGAGGAUUCCUAGAGAAGAGAUGUUCCGAUUCUCUCAUCAAAUUCCUUCAUAUUUGCAUACAGGUCUAGAAGCAUCAAAUGCUCCAAAGGGUUGCCGGGAGCUAGAUCCAGCAGCUACACCGUUAGAACUUCUACAGGUAAUAACUGAUGCAAAAGAUGAGGAGAUUAUGGAGACAGAUGAGAAACCUAAGGAAGUUGAUGUCAUAGAUGUGGAUGUUGAAAAUACUGAAGCAGAAGAGGAAGAGAUUAUAGAGAUAGAUGAGGAACCAAAGGAAGUUGAUGUGAUAGAUGUUGAUGUUGAAAAUACUAAUGGCGUAGAGGAGAUAGCAGGGAAUUCCGGAACUGAUGGGUAAGAAGAGUAAGGGAGUUCAGUCACUUCAAUAAUAGAAAUUGAAGAGAGCCAAGAGGCAAAGUAAGAUGAAAGAUUGGACUUGGGAAGUCCAAGUUGCUUGAGUUUAGGUGUACAUGAUUCGAUACAGACAGAUUUUUCUUACUUGGUUUAAGAUUGGAUAACAACUGAUUGAUUGUUUUUAGCAUCAUCCUUCUAAUGUUGGGGUUAUGGAAAUAUGAUUUGAAGUUAUGUAAGAAAUUCCUCAUAACAAGCGUUACUGUACAUUGAAGAGAUUCUUGGAGGCGAAGCAGCAAAUACAGAACCAGAAGGCAGAGUCAGAUCCGCUCAAGGGCACACUGCCACAGUCAAGUCACAAAUUUAUUAAGCAACAAAUUUGAGUCGAACCAGCAGGCUCCAAUUUGAUAGCGAAUCGGUGUACUGUGUACAUGUCUAUGAGCGCAGAUUACGCCCCCGACCUCUAUCAUCUCUAUCUCGAGAAGUGAUGCCUGCCUGUUUUCAGUUUGCUGCUUAGCUCUGUUUUCUUCUUUCUGGGUGCUUGCUUCCCCUUUUGUGCUUGGGAGUUGGGCAUGUUACUCUUCGGUUAUU